AUGUCCAACAACUACACCUGCGUUCCCGCCAUCAAAUGGCUAGUUAGAACCCUCCGCAACGACAACGCCGAGGCCGACGGCAUCGCCACCUGGAUUGCAAUCCUGAAUCUGCGAUUCCCAUCUACACAAGGCUUCUUCGUUCGCUCAUACAUCCACUGCGCGUUGCGUGGAUGUCCAGGCUGGGUCGAGCUUCAACUAUCCCAUUUGAAAGACGGCCACCAGAAUCCAGUUCUUGUGGUGUACUACCAACGUGCUGAUAGACAGAACGAUGAUCAGUGGGAAACAGGACAGAGAGAACUACAGCUGUAUCUUGCGUUUCGGUAUCGUAACUUUCCGGAUGAUACGUCGCCUAUCUAUGGCAUCCUUGCAAUUGGUGCCAAGUUGAAGAUCUUCCAGUACGAUAAUCCCUCCCGCAGCAUCGACCGGUUUGUUCCGCCUUGGGAUUUGGAGCGUCACGAUGAGCAGGUUUGGAACAUGCUCAGAAAAAUCAGCAGGUACCACACUGAUGGUGGUGUCUGUACAACGAGAGGGCUGAAAACCGAGUCGGGUGUACGGGGGAAUGAGGGAAAUUCGGUGGUUUGA